CGCCAUAGUUGUUUGCGCUUGUAGAGUUGUAGGUGGGGUCGGGGGCUGAAACUUCGCACCACAAUAAUGCCGUUUUUCGAGACUUGCGGGCCCAACGAGGCCAUGGUGGUAUCGGGAUGUUGUCAUUCCCGACCCCUCAUGGUGGCUGGAGGGCGUGUGUUUGUCAUCCCAUGCAUACAACAGCUACAGAGGAUCCCCCUGAACACGCUGACUUUGAGCAUUGACAGCCCCACAGUUUAUACCCUAGCGGGUGUGCCCAUUUCCGUGACGGGGGUGGCACAGGUGAAGAUCCAGGGGCAGAACCAGGAGAUGUUGGCAGCAGCCUGUCAGCAGUUCCUGGGGAAGUCUGAGGAGCAGAUCCGCCGCAUCGCCCUGGAGACACUGGAGGGCCACCAGAGGGCCAUCAUGGGCACCAUGACUGUAGAGGAGAUUUACCAAGACAGGAAGAAAUUUGCCCAGGCCGUUUUCCGUGUCGCCUCGACCGAUUUCGUGAACAUGGGCAUCAUCAUUGUCAGCUACACCCUUAAGGAUGUUCGGGAUGAGGAGGGCUACCUGAAGGCCCUGGGUAUGACUCGUACAGCACAGGUGAAGAAGGACGCUCGCAUCGGUGAGGCAGAGGCACAGAGGGACUCAGGAAUCAAGGAAGCAAGUGCAGAGGAACAGAGGAUGAAGGCUCGCUUUUCCAAUGACACUGAAAUCGCAGCUGCCCAGAGAGACUUUGAGUUGAAGAAAGCUGCUUACGACAUGGAAACCCAGACCAAGAAAGCAGAGGCAGAGCUGGCUUAUGAACUACAGGCUGCAAAGACAAAGCAGAUGAUUAAGGAGGAGCAGAUGCAGAUUAAGGUUGUGGAGCGUGCCCAGCAGAUCCAGGUGCAGGAGCAGGAGAUCGCACGUCGUGAGAGGGAGCUGGAGGCACAGAUCAAACGUCCCGCAGAGGCCGAGAAGUACCGGCUCGAGACGCUUGCUGAGGCCAACGCGAAGCGCGUGCUGAUGGAGGCAGAGGCUGAUGCUGAAGCUGUCAGACUGAAGGGAGAGGCAGAGGCGUAUGCUAUUGAGGCCAAGGCUAAGGCUGAGGCAGAACAGAUGGCCAAGAAGGCUGACGCCUGGAGGGACUACCAGGAGGCAGCCAUGGUGGACAUGGUGCUGGAGACACUGCCCAAGGUUGUUGCGGAGGUUGCGGCCCCGUUGUCCCAGACCAAGAAGGUGACGAUGGUGUCUAGCGGGAAGGGCGAGCUGGGCGCCGCCAAGAUCACGGGCGAGGUCAUGGACAUCGUGGAGAGGCUGCCGCAGGUUGUGGAGUCCAUGACGGGCGUCGACAUGUCAAAGGCCUUGAAGAUGCAGGCAAGGUCCGUGUAGAUGCCAUCACAGCUAAUGCUGACAUCACAUCCUGUGUGGAUGUCAUCACAGAUUUGAGUGGAUGUCACCGCAGCCCCUGCUGACACGUACACACUGGCGGUCCAAAAUGGCCGCCAGGAUAGUGUUGUUAUGUACGCUAGAUGUUCAUGUUAACGUAGCUAGUAGUUAUCCUUCAUCAACCCUUUCUAACUCAAGCCCAUUUAUAUUCAGGAGUUAGGACUCUACUGUUGGUUUAAUGUCACGGUUGUUUGUGAACUGCCUCCAAGAUGCAUGCCUUUUGGAAUACAACAGGACCUAAAGUAAUCACAAUUGUACAAUGUCUAGAUAAGUAGUUACUCAGUCCCCACCUUUCUACUAAGCAUAGUUGAGCGGAAUUAGUGUUACUGCAUCUAUAUAAGCAUUUCUGUAGUUAAGUGUAGUGCAGCAGUGUUUUAUAAAUUAUAAGAAGUGUCUCAUCAAGAUGGGAUGUUAGACAUUGGAAGGCACAGCCAAAAUCUUUGUAAGCUUACAUUUUAGUUAUUUAAGUUCUGCCAUUCACUAUUGCCUAAGAGUACAUGAGUAGUUGAGGCUUUCAUUCCAGAUGAUAUUCCAGUUAGUAAGAGCUACAUGUGCUCUGUACAGGGGAAACUUAACAACAACUGCUGUGAAGAACUACAUGGACAUGUUUUUAAGUGUAAUAUAAGCAGAUCUUUUGAUUUUUUACUUGUAACAUGUGGACACUUUUUAGUCGAAUCUUUUGUAAUCAAUCCAAAUGUUUUGUGUCUGAUUGAAGGUUAAUAUUUCUUUAUAUAUGUUACCUGCAAAUAGACUCUCAAUUUCACCACUUUUGCACCACACAGAAAAAAAUCACUUAUCUAAUAUAUUGGAUAUUAAAAAUUGAAAAUGCAGUGUGUUGAGAAGCACUUUAAUGUUAUUGUAGUUGGGACAAUGUUGUGGUGAAGAAAAAAAUCACCAAGGAAAACUGAAGCUGCAACUAACAAACUGACAACUGCCUUGAAACCAGUAGUAACCAGUGAUGUGUUGUGACUCACUCUUGUACAGUUUUGCAGGUCUUUCAUGUAUUUGUAAGUUUAUAUGUAACCAAGAAGACAACAGAUGAUGAUCAUUUUAAGUCACGUAUGUGUACAUUUUUGAUUGAGAAGUGAUUUUAAUUCUCUUCGUUAUGGAGAAGGGGAAAAUUUUGCUGACCUGAAAUGGCCCAAUCUUGUACUGCAAAAAACAACACAUAUUGCCAAAUCCAUCAAAUUUUCCAAACGUUUGUGACAUUUUGAGUAUAAUAAGACAAGCUAGCACUUCUAAGUUGUCCAAUGUAGAUGUCCCUAUAUUUACAUUAUCAAUGUUCUUCAUUCCUUUACAUUUUAUAGACACUUAUUAACUGAAUGUGGAAAUUAGAAGGUGUGCAAGAUUACUGAAUACCAUUUACUCUUGCAACAUUUUCUACAAAAUAAGUGCAUUUACACAAGAUGUCGAAUUUGGGAACAUCUGGGAACAAAAAGGCUUUUUUCAAAACAAUGAUGGUUUUUACUCAUUCUUUUGAUAACAAAACUGGCAACAAUGGAGCAAAAAUGUUUAUCCUUUUUGGAAAAACAAUAAAUUGGUUUUAUACCAUGUUUGAUUUUACAAGCAAAAUGAUAAAUUUUUCAACAUUUUUUUAUUAGGUACUAAUCUGACUCUACCUUUGGCAGCAUUUUUGUGGGGAUGUACUCUUAGUAUCUCAGGUAACGUUACACUGAAAUGUAUACUCUUUUGUCUCAACUAAUAUUCACAUUUCUAUUCAAUGUAUAUAAUUGUGUGAUUCUGCAUUAAAAUUGUCUUAAGGACUGA